GAGAAGCGAAAAAAAAACAUCAACAACCUCCAACAACAGCAAGAGGAACAACACAACCCACAGAAGUGCCAAGUUUUUUAAGAGUUGCUCUCUUGGUGCCCAUCGGUUUGGGGAUCUUUUUUUUUUGUUAAUUUUUUUGUGUUCGCUUUUGGAGGGCAGUGGGCGAACAGGCACUGGAACAAGGACGAACACGUAGCGGGCUAAAACAGGAGGGAAAAAAAACGUUGGCCACGGAGGAACACGUACACCUAAGACACCAAGCCGGGACCAUACCGCCCCCACUCAUCAAUAUUCGAAAAAGCAAUUGAGACGCGAACCAUCAGCACCAAUUCAUCAAUUAUUCAAAAUGACCGAAGACGAAAUUCUCUUUGACGAUGUCUACGAGCUGUGCGAGGUCAUUGGCAAAGGACCCUUCUCCAUUGUGCGACGAUGUAUACACAGGGAGUCCAACCAGCAGUUUGCUGUUAAAAUCGUUGAUGUGGCCAAGUUCACAGCGAGUCCAGGACUGAGCACAGCGGAUCUGAAGCGCGAGGCCACAAUAUGUCACAUGCUGAAGCAUCCGCACAUUGUCGAGCUGCUGGAGACCUACAGCUCCGAGGGCAUGCUCUACAUGGUGUUCGAGUUCAUGGAGGGCUCCGACCUGUGCUUCGAGGUUGUGCGUCGUGCCGUUGCCGGUUUUGUCUACAGCGAGGCAGUUGCUUGUCAUUAUAUGCGCCAGAUACUGGAGGCGCUCCGAUAUUGCCAUGAGAACGACAUACUGCACAGGGACGUGCGUCCUGCCUGUGCCCUGCUCGCCACCGUGGACAACUCGGCGCCAGUGAAGCUUGGUGGCUUCGGUUCGGCCAUCCAGUUGCCGGGCACGAGGGAAACCAUAGAAACACAUGGACGCGUGGGCUGUCCGCACUACAUGGCGCCGGAGGUUGUUACGCGGCGCUUGUACGGCAAGGGCUGCGAUGUCUGGGGCGCUGGUGUAAUGCUGCAUGUCCUACUCUCGGGUAGAUUGCCCUUUUUGGGCUCCGGGGUGCGACUACAGCAGUCAAUAGCGCGUGGCAGGCUCUCGUUUGAGGCGCCCGAAUGGAAAUCAAUUUCGGCUAAUGCCAAGGAUCUAGUCAUGAAAAUGCUGGCCGCCAAUCCACAUCACAGACUUUCCAUCACCGAGGUGCUCGACCAUCCGUGGAUACGGGAUCGGGACAAACUACAGCGAACACAUCUCUCCGAAACGGUGGAGGAAUUGAAGCGCUACAAUGCGCGACGCAAGCUCAAAGGAGCCGUUCAGGCCAUCGCCGGCGGCACCACCAUGGAUCCCGUUUAUGUCACCGAUGCGGACAUGCCCAUUGCUGGAGCACCGGACGAGUGGGCCGACGAGGAGGCGGGCAUCGAAGCCGUUCAGCGCAUUUUGGACUGCCUGGACGAUAUCUAUUCGCUGCAGGAUGCGCACGUGGAUGCGGAUGUGAUGCGGGAUAUGCUGCGGGACAGUCGCUUGCAUCAGCUGCUGCAGCUCUUUGAUCGCAUCACAUCGACGGUGGUCACGUGCAAUGGUCGGGCGCCGGCCGCAGAGGCGGUCACUCGCAGUCGAGAUGUGCUGGAGACGCUCUCGUCGACGGGCGGCAGCAGCUCGGUGACCAAUAAGUAUGCCAAGGAUGAGCUGAUGCUGCUGCUGGCCGCCCCACACAUGCAGGCGCUGCUCCAUAGCCACGAUGUGGUGGCCCGCGAUGUGUAUGGCGAGGAGGCGUUGCGCGUUACACCGCCACCGAUGGUGCCCUACCUCAAUGGCGAUGAGAUGGACAAUGUGGAGGGCGGCGAAUUGCAGCAUGUGACCCGGGUACGGCUGGUGCAGUUCCAAAAGAACACGGACGAGCCCAUGGGCAUUACGCUGAAGAUGACCGAGGAUGGGCGCUGCAUUGUGGCAAGGAUUAUGCACGGGGGGAUGAUACAUCGACAGGCGACGCUGCAUGUGGGCGACGAGAUACGGGAGAUCAAUGGCCAGCCGGUGCAGCAUCAGUCGGUGGGCCAAUUGCAACGAAUGCUGCGCGAGGCACGCGGUUCUGUUACCUUCAAGAUAGUUCCUUCGUACCGUAGCGCUCCGCCACCCUGCGAGCUUUUCAGGAUCAGACCCGCUCCGGUGCUUAUUUUCGUACGCGCACAAUUUGAUUAUAAUCCGCUGGAUGAUGAGCUUAUACCCUGCGCCCAGGCGGGCAUAUCAUUCCAAGUGGGCGACAUACUGCAGAUCAUUAGCAAGGACGAUCAUCACUGGUGGCAGGCGAGACUGGACACGGUUGGUGGCUCGGCGGGCUUGAUACCAUCGCCGGAGCUGCAGGAGUGGCGCAUUGCCUGCCAGACGGUCGACAAGACCAAGCAGGAGCAGGGAGAACCGGGUGCUGGAUGUUCCGCUCACGCAGAUGGGUGUGAUGGAUCAGCAGUAAACUGUUCGAUAUUCGGGCGCAAGAAGAAACAGUGUCGGGACAAAUACCUGGCCAAGCAUAAUGCCAUAUUCGAUAAUCUGGAUGUGGUCACAUACGAAGAGGUUGUCAAGGUGCCAGUUGGUGAUCCGAACUUUCAGCGCAAAACGUUGGUGCUAUUGGGUGCCCAUGGGGUGGGCAGGCGGCAUAUUAAAAACACUUUAAUAUCCAAGUAUCCCGAUAAGUACGCCUAUCCCAUACCACAUACAACGAGACCUGCUAAGCCCGAGGAGGAGAGCGGACGCAGCUAUUACUUUGUCUCGCACGACGAAAUGAUGGCGGAUAUUGCCGCAAACGAGUACUUGGAAUAUGGAAUUCACCCAGGCACGCACGAGGAUGCGAUGUAUGGCACCAAGCUUGACACUAUCCGACGCAUACACACGGACGGCAAGAUGGCCAUAUUGGAUGUGGAGCCGCAGGCACUGAAGAUACUACGCACAGCCGAAUUCACGCCCUAUGUGGUCUUCAUAGCGGCGCCCUCGCUGCAGAAUAUCGCCGAUUACGAUGGCAGCCUGGAGCGUCUGGCAAAGGAAUCGGAAAUGUUGCGUCAAAUGUAUGGCCAUUUCUUUGAUAUGACGAUUGUGAACAACGACAUUAGCGAUACGAUUUCCGCGCUGGAAACGGCCAUCGACCGGGUGCACACCACACCCCAAUGGGUGCCAGUCUCGUGGCUCUACUGACAAGACAGUGAACUGGAAUGCCCCGAUUGCCUAGAGGGUUGCGAUUGCGAGUGGGAUGCAUAUACACAGGCCUCCAAUGUGGCGCUCUACUGAGUGCAGCAAACACAGUUACAUCACAGCUACUAUACCACAAUACACCACACCAGACACCACACCACAAAACAACACCAUUAAAGUAUUACCAAGGCACAAAAAUACACCAGCAACAGCAACAGCAAUAGCAACAGCAAUAGCAACAGCAAUAGGAGCAACAGCAGGCACAGCAACAACAAACUGCAGUGAAGACAGAAAGCGCUUGGCGCCAAGAUAUACAUAGGUAUGACGAGGAUAUAGAAGAGAAGAAGGAGGAGAGGGUAUUCAUGGGAACUGCGGUCGCAACGUAAAGACAAAAUGUUAAUUGUAAAACGAGCUGUAAUUUGCCUUUUACUUUGUUAAAUUUAAAAGUGAUUAAUUUUACAUUGUAUUUGCCAUUCCAAUGGGCUGCCUGCCCCAACCUAACCAGUCAGGGCAGGGCAGGACAGUCUGUCAUUAUUAUGUUUAUUAUAUUUAUGAUUGUUUUGUGUUCACGUUUUUGUUUGUAUUUACUCGUAUUUAUUUUGUUUUUCUUUCUGUCAGACAGCAUUAAACGCUUAUGUUAAUCUUGCACUUGUUAGUGUCUAAGUUAACUGAAACACAAACCGAAACCGAAACAGAAACCGCAACUAAA